GGAUGAUGUUUGUGAUGUUAUGUCGAAAUCCAACAGCAGCUAGGAUCAUACACCAUCUUUCUGUUUUACCUGCUUAUAUGCUACUAAACCGCAGACCUAUUUCUCAUUUUAAGAUUUACACAGAUGCAGAUUAUCUCUCCGUCGCACUGAUGCGGUAGAUGGUGAUGUCGCGCUUGUUCUCCGGUAGAUGUGUGAUGUGAGGAACAGGACAGUUCAUGAGAAUGAGUUGAUCCGGAAUUGGGCUUUAUCGUUGAGUGAUGCGAUGGGACAGUUACGGGGAUUAUUAUUCUAGACUGAGGGGCAGAGGUUUAAUACUUCCUGGAUUAACUCUGCCGCAAUCGGAACAGACUGGUGGAGCAAAUUAAUGCUGAAAUUCAUGCGCGGACAUCUGAACGCUACCUCUGAAAUGACAGGUUUAAAUAAAUGUGGCGACGGAACUCUUUAAAGGUGAAUUACACGGCUAUACAUUUGGAGACAACGGUUUUUAAAAUUGAUCUCAAUUCACAAAUCCUCAAAGUUGUGUUUGCUGCAACAAGCACCUGUAUUGGGGAUGUAAAAUGCAGACUCUGUUAACUCGGCUGUGCCAGCGUUGAUUCUCAAGCACAAAUUUGUCCCGUGUUUGCUGCAAUCGCGAUAUAUAAAAAUAACGAUUCAUAUAUGGGCGAAGCGAAAACUCGGUCCCCCUUCUUUUGGACAUGGGCUCGCUGUCAAGAAAACGGUGCGUCAGAUCCAGAGAGGGAGAAAAAAUGGGCCGAACUCUUUGAGCAACUGGAUCUGAAUAAAGAUGGAAGAAUCGAUGUAAAUGAAUUCCGCACCGGAUUAACCGCCCGGGGAAUCGUUCGCAGUGAGGUAGAAGAGAUUGUACGUGUGAGUGACACCGAUCACGAUGGCCAGCUGGACAUUGAGGAGUUCACACAGUAUCUGCGCAUGCAUGAAAAAGAGCUCAGACUCAUGUUCCUCAGUCUGGACCGCAACAACGAUGGUCACAUUGAUGUUCCAGAAAUACAGCACUCCUUGCGCAGCCUUGGAGUGAAUGUCUCCACAGAGCAGGCCUCCAGAAUUCUGCAAAGCAUGGACAGAGACAGCACUAUGACCAUUGACUGGAAUGAGUGGCGGGACCAUUUCCUGUUUAACCCCUUGCACAACAUAGAGGGCAUUGUUCACUACUGGAAACACUCUCUGAUGUUGGACAUUGGAGAGCAGCUGACUGUGCCGGAUGAGUUCUCAGAGAAGGAGCGUCACACAGGAGUGGUGUGGAGACAGCUGAUGGCUGGGGCAAUGGCAGGAGCCGUAUCACGAACAGGAACCGCUCCCCUGGACCGCCUUAAAGUUUAUCUUCAGGUCCAUGGCUCUAGUGGGGUAAGUCUGUUGGUUGGCUUGCGGGGAAUGGUGCAGGAGGGAGGAUUGAGGUCUCUUUGGAGGGGCAAUGGCAUCAACGUGCUCAAAAUUGCCCCAGAGUCCGCUAUCAAAUUUAUGGCUUAUGAGCAGAUAAAGUGGCUGAUCAAAGGCAGUAAGGAGGGUGCCACUCUGAGGGUUCAGGAACGGUUCAUUGCUGGCUCACUGGCAGGAGUUACAGCUCAGACUAUUAUCUACCCCAUGGAGGUGUUGAAGACUCGUCUGACCCUUCGAAAGACAGGACAGUACUCUGGCAUGGCAGACUGUGCCAAGCAGAUACUGCAUAAGGAAGGGGUGCGGGCGUUCUACAAAGGAUAUGUGCCUAACACACUUGGCAUUAUUCCUUAUGCUGGCAUUGAUCUGGCCGUCUAUGAGACUCUAAAGAACGCCUGGCUACAGCGGUACUGCAUGGGCUCAGCUGAUCCUGGGGUUCUGGUGCUGCUCGGAUGCGGCACCGUGUCCAGCACAUGUGGGCAACUGGCUAGUUACCCGCUGGCUCUAAUCCGCACACGCAUGCAGGCUCAGGCCUCGGCAGAUGGCGCUCCUCAGCUGUCCAUGGUUGGCCAGUUUAAAUAUAUUGUGUCCCAUGAAGGCGUUCCUGGACUCUACCGAGGCAUUGCCCCCAAUUUCCUUAAAGUCAUUCCUGCUGUUAGCAUAUCUUAUGUGGUUUAUGAGCAUAUGAAGAAAGCCCUGGGAGUAGGAUCUUAAACCUAGACAAAAUCAGAGUGAAAGAAAAACAGAAACAUGGUAUUAAAAGGAGGAUGGUGAGACUUCUGAGCCUGGUCGAUGAAGUUAGAAAGACCCCUAGAGAAUGGCUUAAGGAGGAGACAGUCAAUUGUACACAAUCUUCCCUGGGCAAUUUACUUAAAAAUACUUCAAUAGGAUGGACAAUUGUUGUGUUUAGAGCAUGUGUUCCUCUAUGAUUGGCAGCUUGGAGAACUCAGGUUUAUUAAACACUAUUUAUCUGCUGUUUCACAUCUACAGUGAGCACUAUAGGUGAGCAGCAUUACAUAGUACUUCAUUUUUACAAGGAUUAUAAUGUUGUUGUCCUGAUGAUGAAUUUGUGGUAAUGAACUAAAUAUUAGUAUUGUCAUCUAAUGAUAGUGAAUGAUGGAAGAAUUUUAUUUUAGGAGGAUAACCAAUUAUUAUUAUUAUUAUUAUUAUUAUUAUUAUCAUUUAAAUGAUAACUAAAGUUCCUCUCCUAGACUUGACCAAAAUUUUUAAGGAGUGUACAAUGGAGUAUGGAAUAUCUUGAAAAUCUCUUCUGUCUGAUGUUUCAUGAUAUUUGCUGCAAACACCAUUUAUGAAUGAGUUAUAUAUUGUAAAGUAGAUAUAUAUUAAUCAUAUAUUUUUAUAAACGUCAGUGAGAGGAAAGCAUAAUAUAUGCUAGACUAAAACAGCCCUUUCUGAUUAAAGGGAUUUGCACACUUUAAAAGAAAAUCUUAAAUGUACAAACCUUUGUCUAAACCAUCUUGUGAAGUUCUUUUAUGACACCACUGCUGCUUUGCUACCUUUUCACAAUUUUAGCCUUUGCUGAUAUUUCAAUCCUCAUUGUUAUGGUGUAGACUGAAAUAUAUGGUUUAGCGUCAAAAUUAAUUUAAUAGUACAAUUAUUGCCUUGAGCAACUUGCAAAUGGAGCAACAACAAAGGCAUUAGAUAGGGGGAUGUUAGUUGAGUUUUGAAUUACAUUUGGAUGCUUUAUGUUUAUUAAGAAAUGUGUUGUGAUGAAUGCUGGAAAAUAGUUUAUACAGUAAUUUUACACAAAGGGCUUUUAAUCAACAGGUAGUGCAUGUUAUAAAUGAUGUAAGUGCUGUCACAAUCUGCAUGUCUUAAUUACUUGCUUUAAGAGCUAUAAUUCUUCAUAUCAGAAAUAUGCAAAGCACGUUAGUGUUGACAAUUUACUGUUAUAUUUAAUGCUUAAAGUUGAUGAGAAAUAUCUGUUUAUCUUACAAUUCUAAGAUUCAAAUUACAAUGUUUAAUCGGUUUAGUUAUAUCAUGGAAAUGGGCCAAUGAAAUGACAUGUUUUUGAUUGGUUAAUACUGACAACAUGUUAUACUGGGAUACUCAAUCCUGAUUUCUUCUCCUGGAGGUCUACCUUCCUGCAUAGUUCCAACCCAAUUCCAAAAAUGUUAAAUGUAAACCCUAAGACCUUGAUUACCUGGUUCAAUUGUGUUGAUCCAAGUUGAAACUAAAAUCUGCAGGAAGGUGGACCUCCUCUGUUAUCGACUCUUAUAGGGAGACAGCAUUUGAACAUUCAACUGUUUAAAAACAUUAUUUUGUUCUAAAAUAGUAUAAAGUGGUUUGCGUUAUAGUAAUCAGUUAUGUUCUAAGUGACUGGCAUAUUACAGCUAGUUGCAUCUAAUGCAGAUUAGUUAUCAGAUUCUGAAUAUUCAAAUGCCUGCAUUUUCAAAUUUUGGAUACAACAUAUGGUCUUAAGUAUAAAUACUUUUUGAAUGUAGUUAUUUGGGAAAUUUUAAAAUUAUAUUAUAAAUUAAUUACCUCUGGAGAUUGUAUUUAAAACUGAAUUUAAAUAUCUAGUUUCUUGCUUAAAUGCAUUGCAUUGAGAGUAGUGUGCCUUGACAUGCUGUUUUUAUUGAACCAGCCUCCACUGGCAAUGAUUCCUUGCUUUCUUUAUAUAUAAGUGAGAAUAAAUGAAUGUGAGAAAUUAUGAAGGUUAAGAAAAAAUUAUGUGAGUCUUGUAUGACUUUUUUUAAUUUUCAGUUUCUCUUACAAUUAUAUUUCCUUAAAUAAGGAAGUAGCUCGGUGUGUGUGCUUACGGCCCGUUCAGAAUGCUUUAGGCCAAAAGUUAAGGCCCAUUUUUGGCCCUUAUAAUUUUCAGCUACAACUUAAAGUCCAGUCUUUUCCUCACACAAAGCUAUGGCUUUAUAAGACUUGUAUCAAGCAGUAUAAAUUACAGACAACAUUUGCUAUAUAGAAAAGAGUGCCAGGGACAUUCUGUAAAAUAUCACCUUUGUAUUCCACCUUAGAAAGAAAAUAAUAAGGGAUUUGAAGGGCAUAAGUGAGUAAAAUAAUUUUCACUUUUUGAUUAACUAAUAAUUUACGUUUUUGUGGUGUCUGUUUUCUCUGUAGAAUUAUACACUUGUUAUACCCAAUAAAAUGUGAAAGAAAAUGUUGAAUAAGGAAAGUGAAGGAACAAUA